UUUGUUAUUAUUACUUGUAUUAUUGUCAUCAUUUUUGUUGUUGUUAUUGUAAGACACGAGUACAUGAAAUGUAAAUAAUUUAGAUUCGACAAAAUUACUCAUAUCCGACCUGAAACUCUAUCUAUCAUUGAUUACUUGACUAGAUCCGUUUACAAUGUGAUUAAUUAUUACAUAUAGUACAUAUUAAUCAUUGUAAGCGUAUUGGUAAUAAAACCAAAUGACAUAAAAUUAAAUCCGAACAAUAAUUCUUCAAUAAGACAUGACUUGAGUCCAAUCCAAAUAACCCAAUUGCCACCAACAUUAUUAAUGAAAUGUUAUGGAACAUUAAGGAGGGAAUAUCAACUGUGCUAAAGAUAUUUCAUGCCAUAUAUAGCAACAUUCAAUGCCAUGGCCCCGAUAGGCCCCCCAUUGAUUCCGCCACUGGACUUUGCGGUAAGAAGCUCGUAGACACCAUUGUUAUAAUACCCUCCUUCGUAGCCUAAAGAGUUCACCUGCAAAUUCACAAGAAAUCAGCAGAAGAAAAAAAAAAACCCUAGGGAAUAUUAUUUCAUUAUUAACUUCUACUUAGAAAAAGAUAUGAAAAUGAUUAUUGAAGAGGAAAAAAAUAACGAAAUGAAUUUCAAUGAAACCUUCUUCAUAACCCAUGGAAACCCGAUUUUGACAGUAGAAGACACACAUCCCUUAAGGCCAUUCUUUGAAACAUGGAAAGAAAAAGUAUUUUCGAAGAAGCCGAAGGCGAUACUUGUGAUCUCUGGUCACUGGGAAACUGAUCAUCCUGCUGUUAAUGCUGUUCAUGUCAAUGAUACUAUCUGCGAUUUUGAUGACUAUCCUCAAGCCAUGUACAAGUUUAAGUAUCCGGCUCCCGGGUAUCUAGAAUUGGCAAAAAGGGUGCAGCAACUACUCAAUAAAUCCAAGUUCGAAACCGUGCACAUUGACCAAAAACGUGGGCUUGAUCAUGGUGCAUGGGUGCCUCUUAUGUACAUGUAUCCGGAGGCCGACAUCCCGGUAUGUCAGCUCUCCGUUCAGCCAAAACUGGACGGAACAUACCACUACAACUUGGGACGAGCAUUAGCGCCUCUAAGAGACGAAAGUGUACUCAUCAUUGGUUCCGGAAGUGCAACACACCCCUUAGACGAAACCCCUCAUUAUCAUGGUGGUGUUGCUCCUUGGGCUGCCGAGUUUGAUUCUUGGCUUGACACUGCUCUCACUAAUGGAAGGAUUGAAGAAGUGAAUACAUAUGAAACCAAAGCUCCAAACUGGGAAUUAGCACAUCCAUUCCCAGAACAUUUUUAUCCAUUGCACGUUGUCGUCGGGGCAGCUGGUGAAAAGUGGAAGGCUGAGCUUAUUCAUACCAGUUGGGACCAUGGUACCCUAUGUCAUGGCGCAUACAAGUUCACUUCCAGUUAAUUUUCACCUUGUACCAGUUGUACCUUGUACCAGUUGUACCUUGUACGUAUGUAACACAAUAUUGAUCGUAUGUUACGUUGUCAUUGUUGUCAUCGUUUUUGUAUCAUUUUUAAUCCCUUGCUAUUCUUUCUAAAAUACUUCGUAUUGAAGUGAAAUCCUACUUGUUCUCAUAUGUAUCAUGUAUACGUAGUUAUAUUUUGUAAUGUUGUGUAAUCUCCUCAAUUUUGUUGUAUUUUAAUGGCUUGGUAUUAUGGAUUUAUGGUAUGUAAAUUGACUCGUGUAUUGUUUGAGAGUUGAUUCAAGUAUUGUCAUUUAAUUUGCAUGCAAAAGUUGUAAUUCUUUUUUUUUUUUUUUGUUUUUUUUUUGAAGGGUGUCUUUAAAUACACUUUAUUGUAUAGCAUGUGGAAUAUAUAUAUUUUGAGAGGAUUUACGUUGGACCAACGCAUUAUCGAAAAUCAUAUUUUGUGGUGUUUGUUUGCUAACUCAAGAUUUUCUCCUUAUCCAUAAAUUAAUAAAUACCUUAUAGCUUCUAUAGCUCCAUUAAUUAUUAGACUUGUGUUAAAUGACCAACUCAACAAAAGCUUGAGCUGAUGGUUAAAGCUCAUGAUUGGUUUAUAUACUCUAUCACGCCCCCUCACAUAAGAGCCCUUUUGGCUUGAAAUUUAGAUGCAACAUGCAAUGGGUCCUCUGCAUACCCCCGUGACCUUUGUAUCACGCACGUUGGAUCUUGAUACCAUAUUAAAGGACUAACUCAACCAAAUUAAAACUUAAAAUGAUGGUUGAAACUCAGGAUUGAUUUAUAUACUGUAUCAAAUUGAUAAUUUUUAUCUUGGUUCAGUUUCCAUAUAUGACUAUACUAGUACAAUUGCAAACAAUACUC